AUGGCUGCAGCUGAGAUGGUAAAACGAAGAGGCGAGACAAUGCCACGGGAUAUUGAGACAGGCCAGCGGAGCAUGGCUAGAGCCAAGCUCGUCGAUAAUACUAAAAGAUAUGCGCUGACUGCCGUGCCUGUGCCAAACCAAUUUGAACCAUCAUCGCCGUCACAGACAAUCAAGAAAUCGCCUCAAGCUUGUCCACCCCAGUCAGAAACAUACCCUGUGCGUGGUCCGACUCAACCCACAGAAAUAAACGGAGCAUCCAAUAGUUUAUCUGAAAGGUCUGCAAUACAAUGUUCGUCUACUCAGGAAUCCUGCUCAUAUUCAAACAAAUGUUCGACCUUGAAUCGCAAUACAGAAGGCAUCUUAAAAGCAAGUUUUGAUAAUCAAACUUUGGCAACGCUAAGCCGACUCAUACGAUCCAACACUAUUCGAUCAAAAGCAAGCUCUCACAAUGAAUUAAUGAUAUCUCUUUCUCGAACCAUUAGCCAAAAAGCAACUCUUAGGAGUAGCAAUGGGUAUUCACCCUCUAUGUUGAACAGUACAACCUCUAUUCCAAAUCCUCAUGAAUUCCAUCCAGAAGCGACUUUAAUGGCUGCAGGAGUAAUUGAUUCCAAUGAUUUGAGCCCAAAUGACAGUCCAAAUAGCUUCGAAUGCAAUCCUAUUUCUACCAAUCUAUACGAUACUAAUGGAUCAGUCAGUGCAGCUGCGGAAAGCUUGACGGUUUCUAUCAAAGAUAAUCUUGACAUGGAGUCGGUUUCAUCAAACUCUUUUGGGUCUAUUCAAAGUCAUGAUGUUUCUUUAGCACCUUUAUAUGGUCAAGUAAAUCCUCAAGCAAGACUGCCCAUCCUGACACAAGAUACACGGCCAGAAAGCGAAAUUCCUUUAUAUCAUCCACAGGCUCAAAAACGGUUGGAUCUCAUCAAGCAUUUAGCAGAUCGAACUAGCAAAGCCAUUGAUUUUCGUACAUCCAUUUCAUCUUCUGCUGAUGGUGAGCAGGAUAUUAUGGAUGUGCUGACUGCACAUCGACAGUUUGAUCAAGCAGAUGGGAUUGAUUUGGGAUCGGGUGUUGGUGCCAGUCUAUUUCCAAAUGGGUUGAACGGGACAAUGAAAACUCCAACUACGGAUCGUACUGCUUGUACAACGCCGAGCACGAUUGGAAGUGGAGGAACACAUAGCCGUCUUGGAACAAUUACUUCUGACGUGCAUGCAAGUCCUGCUACACCCAUGUCAUCUGUUAUUCGAAUCGAAGAGCAGCCAUUUGGAGAUAUUGUUACACAAACAGUCUUGUCCGACAAACUGAUUUCAAACUCGGCCAAGGAAUUAUUUUUAGAAAUGAGUGCUAGUGGAAGCAAUAGUGGAACAAUACACUCUACAAAGUCUUCUCGUGGAGUGGCUCCAGUGCCAGCUAAAGCUAAAAAUGUUCAUUUAUUGAAGUUGUUUAAAAAAGUUCAUGGCCAAACAAAGAAUCUGCAUGGGUCGUCAAGCAUGUCAGAACUGGAUUGGGAAGCAGAAUUGAAAGACUCUGGACCCAACUCAAUCCCAUGCAAAGCAGAAACACUGCAACGAUGUGCAAAUGCAACGGGGAAUACGUUGAAGGCUAAAAGUAAAAUCCAACACAACUUGGCGUUUUCUGGUGUAGAGAAUGACAAUUAUAUGCUCACACGUAGUAACAGUGAUGGACAGAUACGAUCGCUUAAAUCGAAAUUGGAUGGAUCGUUAUUGUCUGAUGCAACCCCACGGGCAAGUUCAAAGUAUAACACAGAAUAUCAAAUAGAUAAAAACUGUGUAACAACGAAAGGACCAAUAGGAUUCCUACACGCAACCGAGACAGAACCCAAAGCAUCUAUUCUGCAGGUGAUGAAAUCACAAUCAAACCGCCACACAACCAAACAGCUAUUGCCGAAUCUGCAGCAAGAGCCAAUAAACAUGAACAAGAAAGAGAAAAGGAGAUAUCUAGAAAAGGAAUGCGAGUAUUCCAUGUCGAACAAGAGCACAACAUCAGAGUUGAGUUCAGAAGAUGAUGUUCCGCUGGCGAUCUUGGAACGGUCGUAUUCCAAGAACGCAGCUUUCAAUCAAGAUAAACAGGGCUCAUUAAGCCCAAAGAGAAUCAUCAAGAACAAUGGGAUUGUAGUGCAUGAUUCAGCCAUAGCAUUAGUUGAAUAA